AACUGGACCAGCUUGUGAUCGUUCCACGGAGGCGCAAGUCGUCAUCUUGACACUUUUUGCUCUUCGUCAAUCCGUACAGUUGUCGUUGAAGAUGCGAAGGAGGCAAACAUCUCGCCACGUGUGAUAAUCUUCGCUUCCUGCCGGCGGAGACGACGCUUUGAGGGAGGCGCGGGGAAGCCUCUCGGCCGUUGUUGUUGGUCUCGGGCGCCGACGCUCAGCGGCCUGCCGACGUGGCGGAGCGGAACUCGGAGGCGCCGCCGGCCGGUUACUGGCACCCAACCGACCACCAUGUCCCAGUCCGCCCCCUCUGAAGCGGAGACCCCCCCGCCGCACUCCGACCUCAGCUGCGCCCACCGUGUCCCCGAAGCCCCCGCCGAAGAUCGCCGGCCUCCGCGGAGCUCCCGCGGCGUCCCGGAGACCCCCGAGGGGCCGAGCGACCUCACCGGAGAGACCCCGACUUCCUCCGAGAGUCCGGCGCAACCUGAGGAUCAGCUGACUGAAUGUGACCAAUCAGUGAGCCUGGAGCCAGACGCUGCGGAGGACGACAAAGAUAGCUCGCGUCCGGGCAGCGAUCGAGCGUGGGGAGGUUGGGGUUCGUGGGGCAAAUCCCUUCUGAGCAGCGCCACCUCCACAGUGGGUCACGGUUUGACGUCGGCGAAGGCGAAGGCGGGAGAAGCUCUGCGUCUCCGCGGGACAUCGCUGGGGGAGGAGGCCAGAGAGGACGCGACGGAGGACGCGACGGAGGACGAGCCGGAGGGCGAGCCGGAGGGCGCAGUGGAAAGCGUCCGGCUGACGGGCCUCCGAGAGUCCGCCUCCAACAGGGGCGUCUUCUCUGCCAUCUCCAAUGUUGUGCAGAACACGGGUAAAUCUGUGAUCAGCGGCGGUCUCGACGCCUUGGAAUUCAUCGGGAAGAAGACCAUGACCGUUCUGGCUGAGAGCGACCCCGGUUUCAAAAGGACCAAGACGCUGAUGCAGAAGACGGCCACGCUGAGUCAGAUGUUGAAGGAAGCCAAGGAGAAGGAGCGAGCACGCCUGAGCGAGCAGCCCGUGAGCGCACCGACGGCCCAUUAUGGGAUUCUUUUCGACGACUACCAGGGCUUGUCCCACCUGGAGGCCCUCGAGAUCCUGUCCAACGAGAGCGAGGGCGAGGUCCAAGCGUUCCUCUCCUCCCUGGAGGAGGACGAGCAGGAGGAGGUGAAGAAGGAGCUGAUUUGCAUCAAGGAAGUCUUCAUCAGCCGCAAGGAAGAAAAGGACGAGGAGAGUGGCGACGGAGAGCCGGCGAAGGAAGCUGAUGAAGAGUUUGUGAGUGUCGUCACGGAGUUGCUGUUUGAGCUUCACAUCGCCGCCACACCGGACAAACUCAAUAAGGCUCGGAUGAGCGCCCGCCGUUGGGUCGGCGAGGUGGCGCGGCCUGUCGCCACGGAGACGGUUGUCAGGGAGACGCGGGAGGAGAAGGGAGACGAGGAGGAGGGCGACGAUGGCGCGGCGCAGGAGGAGAAGAGGGAGGAACAGGAGGCAAAGAUGAAGGAGGAGGAGGACGGGCUGAAAUCUGCGGAGGCCGUCUACGCGUCGUCCGUCGGCAGUCUGGCGGAAGUGACGGCCCGAAGCAUCGAGCAGCUCCACAAGGUGGCCGAACUCGUCCUCCACGGGCGCGAGCGGGAGAAAGCGGCCGGGGAGCGGGCGCGCGUCCUCGCCAGGCCUCCAACAGCACCAACUACAUCCAGAACGCCUUCCAGCUUCUGCUGCCCGUCUUGCAGAUUUCCCACAUCCAGAGCCAACGCGACGGAACCUGCGCAGAACCGCACGUGCAGCACUAACACACACGCAAGCAAUUUAUUGUACAGAAACGCUAAGAAUUUCCAAACUAAGAGCUUCGAAGUACGUUGUCAGAAGCGGUUUGUUUAUGUGUAUAAUGCAAAGUUAACCUGGUCGGCAGGCAGCUUGUAUGUGUCGCUGACCCUGUUUUUGUUUUGACUCGGACGCGUCUCGCCAAGUGCUGAAUACAAAGAUAACACCGGCUUACAAAAAAACGAUUUAGGACCGUUUUGCAUGGCUGAAUCGGGAAAUGACAUCCGUGUCUCUUGUUCAGGUCAGGUUUUUAUGCCAAGUUGGUUGGUAAGUGUAUUAAUCAAAUGUUACAAACUUUGAAUACUAGACCUUGAUGAACGUAGUAAGUACCUGUAAAACGUGGCCAUAAUUCAAAAAGUUCACCUGAUUGAGCAAGACCGAUGCGAGAUUUGGAUUCAGCACGUCCAAAUUGUUUGAAAUUGGCGGGAAAGAAAAAUCCUCGACAUUGAAUUUGUUGUUGACCAGUGUAACCGUCUCCAAAAACUCAGCAUAACCAAAAUGUGUCAGCGUUUACAUUCAUGUAUUUAAAAAAAUAUGCUAAGCACUCUUUGCACUGACUGACACUAGAAAUAUUUUUUUCUUAAAAAUGCCAGCAUUCACGAUUACGAUUCACGAUUUUUGACAUCUAAACGCUCCAACUGAUACGACCCUGACGCAAAUGCAUUUGCCCAACAUUCGCGCUACUCUGCUGCAAUGCAAAUGUAGACCGUAAUGUGUAACUAUGAAAUAAAUGCUCUGAUGAGA